GGUAGACCGAAAAGGUGGCCUGUUUGAAGUUCAAGUGGCAAGGUUCCCCGUAGAGGUGCAAGAUUAUAUUUACUGAUUGAACUUUUCAUGGUUCUCCUGAAGCACCGGAACAGAACUGAUUCUAAACGUCCUCUGUUAAUCAGUAUGAGAAGACCCUUUCAGCCUCAUACUUAAGCUACAAAAAAAGUCACGAUCCGUUCUUUGUUGUUUAAGUAGGUUUUGUGAUUUGGUAUGAAUUUAUUCACUUGAUAUCCAGUGAUAUUUUUUUACAUAUCCCUUUCGGUUUAUGUGAGCAUGCCCAAGAAUUGUUUUUUCUUUUUGAUAGAAAGAGAGAAAUAGAUAGAUACUACAUAGAAAUUACAGUAGUUCUGGGAAACAAAGUCCCAAUAGAGCAUUAUACAAGAAUUAUGUUUGGUUGCUUCAAGAGAAGCUAUUUUAGGACCAGGAGCAAACACAUGCACUGAACAGAGCAAACUGGCACUAAACCCCGGCUAUUUACUUCAAAAAAUAUCAAAUGGACACUUAUAGAUUACAAUAUUUGGUUUUAAGUCCAACUUUUGUAGGCUCCUCUCCUCCCUCCGUCUUCUUACUGCGUGAUAUCCGUCGUACGGAGGAAGAAGAAACUGAUGAAGCAGAAAGAAGGCAGAGAGAUGGGGUCGGAGUUGGUGGCAAUGGGAGAUCGUCAAGGUUUCCUGUGCCAGCAAAAGUCUUAGGAAUUCUGCCUCUGAUGAUUCUCUCUGGUCCAAAUUCUGCUUUGAUGAGCUUCAUCCAUCAUUAUCAACCCCUCAAGACCCUUUGGGAAACCCAGUUCCCUCUUUCAAGAGAACUGAGAAGCUUUUACUAUGUACCCAUACCCACUUGUUCUUCGAGUGAAAAGAUGUCAGGGAAAGGAUAAAAGCUGAUUGAGCCAGAUGAAAAAUUAGAGAGCCUUCUAAAUGUGAAAUUGCCUCUUCCUACUAGGGUUCUCUAUCGUUUUCACGAUGGUCAAGAGAUGCCUGGCAAGGAGUCAACAGUUCACUUUUAUUGGGAAUUAUAGGUGGCUACUUUGUCUAUAACCUUUCGGUUAAUGUCUACUUGUUAUCUCAUAGUCAGGUGAUUGUUAAGAUGAGUAAUGUAUUACGUUGCUGGGUUUUAUCAUGCAGAACUAAGUACAUUGUCAUUGUUGCUUCCUUGACUACUAGUAUGAGUUUUUUUUUUUUCUCUCAACUGUAAUAAUGGCCAACUCUAUGUCAGUGCGAGGCAUCUUCUGACUGAUGGAGCAAUGGUUCAGUGUGUUCCAAAUUUGCUCAUUUGAUCCAUGCAUGAAUCCAGUGGGGAUCAAUGUCAGGAUGCCAUGCUGCUAUGGUUAGAAGAACAUGGUUGCCGCUUGGAAAGUGACAUUAUCAGAGUUCGUGAACAAGAAAAUAUCAGUGGCAUCAGCCUUUUUCUGAAGUUUCCUCCCUUUUAUGUUCAGUAGCAGUGAUAAAGGGUGUUCAGAUUUGUGUGUCUGCUGUCUUUGUUCCAGAAUUCACCUUCCUUCACCUUCAAGACAACUUUGAGAGGAAUGUUUUUGCUUAUUCAAUCUGCAUGUCCCUCCUUCCUGAAGGUUGUGUAAUCAUUGGAGUGACCUUCAAUUCCUGCUAACUUUAUUGGAGACACUGGCUCAUUUGUUAUGAUGCUAUGGUAUCCGAUUUUUAUGGAGAGGCAUUGAUAGGAAAGGUAAUAUUGGCACAAUUAAUAUUCAUCAUGUGUUGGAAAAAUUAAUGAAAACUUUCUGU